AUGGAUAUCAAGUCUGAACUUAUAAUAACAGAACCUCGGCAAAACAUAUACGUGUUUAAUAUAGAUAAUUCCAAAUUAUUACAAGAUAUAGAUUCUCUACAAUCAGAUCAAGAAAAACAAGAAAAUGAUGUUAAAGCUAAUAUAUCAGAAUUAGUAUUUGAAGUUUUGACGGGAUUAUUAAUUAACAUAGAAAGCAGAUUAGAAAUGAAAUAUGGUAGACUGCCAGAUACUGAUAAUUUUGUUAUUAAUUUGAAUCUUCAAGAAUUGCGGUUUAGCUAUAGUGUUUGGGAUCAAUUUAUAUCGUUAGUAACUUCUGAAUUACAAUUUAAGCAUCACGUGUACAUCACUAAGCAUGAUAACGUUAUGGAUAGGCAAAUUUAUUUAAAUACCAGUUCUAUCUUCAGAAAUUUCAGAAGUCAUUUUAACGAUAAUGAUAAGGAUGGGUCUUUUAUUGAACAGGAGGAAGAAACUGUAGAUUAUGAAGUUCCGUUAAAGAUGAUUUUAAUGGACUUUAUGCAAACUAUGCAACUCUCAGAUGAGGAGUUGAGUGAAUUAUUAAUCCGGUACCAUAGUCUCGAGGAGCUCUUCAAUUUUGUAUCAGAAUUCAAAGAUGAUAGGCCUAGUGGUUCAUAA